ACCAUGAAGAAACGCGCUGUGGACGCGAGCAGGCUGCGCAGGAUGAAGAAACUCCGACUCACCGAGAGAUUAUCGGAGAGUGCCUAUACUCUGAUGCGCCUCGUCCUCCUCUGGUGCCUGGUCCUCCUGGUAGACUUCCUGUUGGACUUCAGGCUGGAGUAUUUAUGGCCCUGCUGGCUCUUCUUCUGCAGCGUCUACAGCACCUUCCACUGUCACGGCCCGGUCCUUUGCGUGGCGUUCAUUUGUGCUGCAUUCACUCUGGACAUCUUCUGUCUGGUGUUCGUCCCUCUGCACUGGCUCUUCUUUGUGGCUAGCACCUACGUUUUGUUCAACUACAUCUGGCACACAGAGAGGGGUCUGUGCGUGUCUUCCUUAUGGUUGUGGGUGCUCCUGCUCUACACUGAAGCCUCCCUGCGUCUCCGAGACCUCAAGUCGUCUCACGCCAACCUGUCGCACCUCUUCGCCGCACAUUGUAUCGGGUAUCCGGUCGUGUACUUGGGCUUCGAUGCCACCUGUUAUUUCUCCAGUGCAUUUAAGAUGCGGGUUCAGAGGGCUGUGCAGAACAACCCGGACCUCCACGUGACCCUGACCUCCGGCCUACAGCUCUGCUCCAAAGGCCCCCCUGACACCUCCAACUCCAGGUCGAAAGGGAAGCCCGACUGUGGUCAGUACCAGUGUCCCACCGGCUCAGUCGUGUCCAGUGACCAGGCCCAUGUGGUGGACUGUCUGCAGAUUCGCUCGGAGGAACGCACAGAGCACCUCCUACAGGAAGCCUUCAAAACAGGCUCAACCCGACGCGUGUCCUCCUCUUCCACCUCCUCCUCCUGUCUGCCCAAAUCCAGUGAAGCCCUCCACAAAACCACGGCAGCUUCUGAGAACUCCCCCGAGAGCCAGUCUCAGGAGGAGCAGGGAGGCAAAGGACACAAAGCGGCCAAGAACACCUCUCCCAAAGUUCGCCGGGGCAGUCGACACACACCCUCACCACCAGGGGGCAGAGUGGACAAGAAACAGAGGGCCAAAACCAUCAGCCCCAACCGAAACUCUGCGGCCGCUCAGACUUUACACACUGAACAGAUGAACAAGUUGGAACAGGACAUGAGGAGGCUGAAGGCCGAGCUUCAGUCCAGCCGACAGACGGAGCAGGAGCUAAAGAGCCACCUCUGUAACCUUAGCAAUAGUGAGAGAAGCCUACACCCAGAGAUGGAUCUGCUGAGGGAGGCCAACAUGCUGCUGCACACCAAGUUGCUGUGCCUGGGUAAGACAAAGCAGAGGGACAAACAGACCAGUGCUCUCCUGGAGAAAAAGACCAGAGCAGAAACAGAGGCCAGACUGUCUGUGGAGAGACAGCUCAGUGAGCUCCAGAUCCAGAAGCAAGAGGAGGCAGCGGCCAGGAGCCUGAGCAGCACACAGGAGCACCCAGACACCCACAUGCUGAGGAGGAGAGUGAGAGAACUGGAGGCGCAGUACCAGCAGCUGCUGAGAGAGGGCCACCUCACAGACACACGACUGGUAGAGCUGAACAGGGACCUGGAGUCACUGGGCCAGUGCCGGGCUGUGGAGCAGGACACAGAGUUGCUCCUGUCCUCGAUUUCCACUCUCCAGGAGAAAGCCCAUCAGCUGGAGCUCAGCCUGAGCGCAGAGACACGCAUCAAGCUGGACCUGUUCUCUGCCCUGGGAGAUGCGCGGAGGCAGCUACAGAUUGCUCAUGAUAAGCUGUUCCGACAGGAGAGAGAGGUGGAUGAGAUGAAGCGGCGAAUGGCAGAAGUGAUGGCUCUGAGCCCCGCCCCCCGCCCUGCUGUGCCUCAGUAUCUCAACAAGCUCCUGGCCUCUGAACGCUAUGCCCUCAACCCCCGCGCUCUGGUCUACCACUGCCUCAAGAAGUGA